CGGGCCCCGCCCCCCGGCCAAUCGGACCGGCGCUCGCCCGAGCCCAGAUUCUCUUUGUUCCGCAGCCAUUUCGGGCCCCGGACGGGAGGCAGCGCCGCUUCGGCAGAAGGCCCGAGCGCCGGAGGCCUCUGGGAUGGUGUGGGACCGGCAAACCAAGAUGGAGUAUGAGUGGAAACCUGACCAGCAAGGGCUUCAGCAAAUCCUGCAGCUGCUGAAGGAGUCCCAGUCCCCAGACACCACCAUCCAGAGGACCGUGCAACAAAAACUGGAACAACUCAAUCAAUAUCCAGAUUUUAACAACUACCUGAUUUUUGUUCUUACAAAAUUAAAAUCUGAAGAUGAACCCACAAGAUCAUUGAGUGGCCUCAUUUUGAAGAAUAACGUGAAAGCACAUUUUCAGAACUUCCCAAAUGGUGUGACAGACUUUAUUAAAAGUGAAUGUUUAAAUAAUAUUGGUGACGCCUCUCCUCUGAUCAGAGCCACUGUAGGUAUAUUGAUUACAACCAUCGCUUCCAAGGGAGAAUUGCAGAACUGGCCUGACCUCUUACCAAAACUCUGUAGCCUAUUGGAUUCUGAAGAUUACAACACUUGUGAGGGAGCAUUUGGUGCCCUUCAGAAGAUAUGUGAAGAUUCUGCUGAGAUUUUAGAUAGUGAUGUUUUAGAUCGCCCUCUCAACAUCAUGAUUCCCAAAUUUUUACAGUUCUUCAAACACAGUAGCCCCAAAAUAAGGUCUCAUGCUGUUGCAUGUGUCAAUCAGUUUAUCAUUAGUAGGACUCAAGCUCUGAUGUUGCACAUUGAUUCUUUUAUUGAGAAUCUCUUUGCUUUGGCUGGUGAUGAGGAACCAGAGGUACGAAAAAAUGUGUGCCGGGCUCUUGUCAUGUUGCUUGAAGUUCGAAUGGAUCGCCUGCUUCCUCACAUGCAUAAUAUAGUUGAGGUAACACAGAUAAUUGUUUUGUUUCAUGAAUUAAUUUCUUAUAGAUUGAUUCCUGUAUUAGUGAAUGGCAUGAAGUACUCAGAUCUAGAUAUUAUCCUGCUUAAGGGUGAUGUGGAAGAAGAUGAAACAAUUCCUGAUAGUGAGCAGGAUAUAAGACCACGUUUUCAUCGAUCAAGGACCGUGGCUCAGCAGCAUGAUGAAGAUGGAAUUGAAGAGGAAGAUGAUGAUGAUGAUGAAAUUGAUGAUGAUGAUACAAUUUCUGACUGGAAUCUAAGAAAAUGUUCUGCUGCUGCCUUAGAUGUUCUUGCAAAUGUAUAUCGUGAUGAGCUAUUGCCACAUAUUUUGCCCCUUUUGAAAGAAUUGCUUUUUCAUCAUGAAUGGGUUGUUAAAGAAUCAGGCAUCUUGGUUUUAGGAGCAAUUGCUGAAGGUUGCAUGCAGGGCAUGAUUCCAUACUUGCCUGAGCUUAUUCCUCACCUUAUUCAGUGCCUCUCUGAUAAAAAGGCUCUUGUGCGCUCCAUAACAUGCUGGACACUUAGCCGCUAUGCACACUGGGUAGUUAGCCAGCCACCAGACACGUACCUGAAGCCAUUAAUGACAGAAUUGCUAAAGCGUAUCCUGGAUAGCAACAAGAGAGUCCAAGAAGCUGCCUGCAGUGCCUUUGCUACCCUAGAAGAGGAGGCUUGUACAGAACUUGUUCCUUAUCUUGCUUAUAUACUUGAUACCCUGGUCUUCGCAUUUAGUAAAUACCAACAUAAGAACCUGCUUAUUCUUUAUGACGCCAUAGGAACAUUAGCAGAUUCAGUAGGACAUCAUUUAAACAAGCCAGAAUAUAUUCAGAUGCUAAUGCCUCCACUGAUCCAGAAAUGGAACAUGUUAAAGGAUGAAGAUAAAGAUCUCUUUCCUUUACUUGAGUGCCUAUCUUCAGUUGCCACGGCCCUGCAGUCUGGCUUCCUUCCAUACUGUGAACCUGUGUAUCAGCGUUGUGUGAAUCUAGUACAAAAGACUCUUGCACAAGCCAUGCUAAACAAUGCUCAACCAGAUCAAUAUGAGGCUCCAGAUAAAGAUUUUAUGAUAGUGGCUCUUGAUUUACUCAGUGGGCUGGCUGAAGGUCUUGGAGGCAACAUUGAACAGCUAGUAGCCAGAAGUAACAUUCUAACACUAAUGUAUCAAUGCAUGCAGGAUAAAAUGCCAGAAGUUCGGCAGAGUUCCUUUGCCCUAUUAGGUGACCUGACUAAAGCUUGCUUUCAGCAUGUUAAACCUUGUAUAGCCGAUUUUAUGCCAAUAUUGGGAACCAAUCUAAAUCCGGAGUUCAUUUCGGUCUGCAACAAUGCCACAUGGGCAAUUGGAGAAAUCUCCAUUCAAAUGGGUAUAGAGAUGCAGCCUUAUAUUCCUAUGGUGUUGCACCAGCUUGUAGAAAUCAUUAACAGACCCAACACACCAAAGACGUUGUUAGAGAAUACAGCAAUAACAAUUGGUCGUCUUGGUUACGUUUGUCCUCAAGAGGUGGCCCCCAUGCUACAGCAGUUUAUAAGACCCUGGUGUACCUCUCUGAGAAACAUAAGAGACAAUGAGGAAAAGGAUUCAGCAUUCCGUGGGAUUUGUACCAUGAUCAGUGUGAAUCCUAGUGGCGUAAUCCAAGAUUUUAUAUUUUUUUGUGAUGCUGUUGCAUCGUGGAUUAAUCCAAAAGAUGAUCUCAGAGACAUGUUCUGUAAGAUCCUUCAUGGAUUUAAAAAUCAAGUUGGGGAUGAAAAUUGGAGGCGUUUCUCUGACCAGUUUCCUCUUCCCUUAAAAGAGCGUCUUGCAGCUUUUUAUGGUGUUUAAUCUAGUACACUUAAGCUGCAGUCCCAAAAUUAGGGGUCCUUCGGUCUUGGAGACUAUGAGGGAGCCUCUGCACCCAGGGAAAAUGUUACCCUUUACAGGGGGGAAGGGUAUACCAGUAGGGAAUACAGUACAAUCCCAACCCUACUGGGAGGGGCGGGAGGGAGGUGUGCCGUCACUGUAUUAAGUCGAUGUUGGGAAACGUUUUAACAUCUGGAGCCUUUGUGGGUGGAAAUCUGUCUUCAAUUACAACUCCGCACUGGAUGUGAAGAAGCAAAAAUAAUCUAUUCAGUCUACUCACAAAACAGUACGUUCUGGAAUAUUAUGGGGAAUUGUACCAAAACAAGAACCAUAUAAAUGAUGCAUAGGGAUAAGAAAGGAAAAAUUCUAUAGCGCACAAUAAAGGAAACCUAAGAAUGGGGGUUACAAACAGUAAAGAAGAUUUUUUUUUUUUUAAUUUAAAGGUUUUUAUAUAAAUGUUCCCACAUUAUGGGGCCUUGUUUUGCAUGCUGAUGAAGAACUACACAAACAAAACUAAUAGAGUUAAAAUCAGCUUGCCUUCCCAUAGUAGAAGCAGGUUCUUGGAAAUUACAAUUUAAGGUACCCCCAAAAAAUGUUGAAAAUAAAACAAAACAAAUUUAAACAAUGAAGCACCCUGUGAAAUGCCAAAUGAGUCACUCCUUUUACCUUUGCGGGGUGGGAGGGAGGGUGGAAUAAAUGGGGUUGGGCAUAUCAAAACUAAAGUUGACAUCUUAAUUUUACAUUAAAACAUUAAUGUAGUGCAUAUAAUUUGAUGGUUGUACUUCAUUAGAUUUAAUUUCUAGGCCAACACAUUAUUUUAAAGUGCAGUUUAAGGUUCAGGCAUGCAUUCUGGCUCAUAGUGAUUGAAAGUAAAUUAGUGGGAAAGUAGCAUGCUUGCAUCACAUAGAGUGAGAUUGGUAUUCAUUGACCUAUGUUGCGCCAGUUCGUGUUGCAUUUUACCAAUUCAAUAUAGCCCUGCAUUUAAAAUUCCUUUUUAAGAUUUGUGGAUUUUAUUUUUAUUAAGAAUAUAGAUAUAUAAAAGUACUGUAGUUUACAGCUAGGCCUUGAAAUAUCUUUUUAGGAUCUGUUAGGAAUAAGAUUGAUAUUGUAUUGUGUGUAACCUGCACAAUGUGGAAAGCUGAUAUACCUGUGCAAAAUCUUUGCCUCUGUGCUGUCAGUGUGAUGUGCUUUCUGCAUGGUUAUAUACUACUAGUGAUUUUUAUCAAAACUUCUAAAACUUAAAUGACAUGGUAAAAGAGAUCUGUAAAAGGCUGCAUAAAUGUUAGUUGGCACAUAAAGACAAUUGUAGAAGUUUAAAAUGAUUGCUCUAUUUCAAUGUUUAUUCCCACUCAACAUAUUGCCUUCUAAGCUUUCCUUUUUUUGUUCAAAGCAUGAUCUUAAAGAUAUGUUUAAGUUAAUGGAUGUAAUGCAGGGUUCCUACACUGUAUUGGCGCAUGUUGGUGGCCCUCUGUGCCCUAGAUAUAUGCACACAGGGUGCAAGUUAAAAGCUACAGAGUGAAAGUUGGUUUGGAUCCUCUUCAUUUCAUUUGUUUAGCUUUUCUGUUGUUUUUCUCUACUUACAUGUAUUCCUGUGAAUAAAUCCUUGUUAAGUUAACCCUUUACUUUUCCUUCCAUGUGUAUUUUCUUAUAUACUGUGAAUGUGAAAACCUAACUGGUACACUUGAUCUUAUGUCCAUAUGAAAGUGCAAGUCUUUAUUAAUUUGGAUUGCCUGAACAGUGUAUCCCAUGAUGAUGAAGGAAAAUGGAGAGAUUUUUCUUUUUAACUCUGCUGGUCAGAGACGAAGCCACGCCUUUCCAUUUUUCAAUGCUGCAUAUUUAAUCUGCAACAAAAUGUUAAGCCAUAACAGCCUUUUUAUAUUUUAGUUUGUCACCUUUGCAUUGCAGAAUAAAUACUAAAUAACCAUUUUUAUAAGCAGUUGCUCCUCUUUGCAUGGUUCUGUUCUCUUAAGUGUUGAAUGAUACAGCCAUUGCACUGAAGUUUGAGCUGUGUGCGUGUGACUUUAUAAAUACUGUUUCAUAAAAUUUCAAAUGCAUGGUAGCAUGUAGAAAGGUUUUUUUGUUAAUUGUGUGUGUGUGUGUGUAUGUAUGUGUGUUUAACAUGUUCUGUCAUUCACUUUCUUUCCUCAACUUUGGCUUUGCAAAUUUCAGUCUGUAGAGCCUGAAAUUUAAAUCAUUUUAUAAUGUGCCCAUUUUUUUUUUAAAAUCUAGAUUCAAAGUGUAUAUGGCAUUUUGCUUUUUAGUAUGGUUAGUUCACUGGGAGCUUAAAAUUUCUUGUUUGUCUUUAAAACUUGGAUAGGGUAGCUAUUUUGUCCCUAUGUUAUGUCAGUGGCCUGUAAUGCUUCAAAUACUUUUUAGAACUUAAUAUGGGAGGUAUUUUAAUAAUUUGGAAUAGUGAGUAAACAUUUUAAGUUUAAAAGAAUGGCCAAAUUCUUCUCUAAACUCAAUAAAACAUAAAUAACCUUUAGUAGUUAUCUAAACCUGUGAUUGACAAUUCUGUAUCAACUAAAAGCAAAAUUGUUGCUUCUCUGACUAGAAGUUAGCUUCCAGUUAGAUGUAUAAAUUACAAGAAUGCCCAUCUUUGUUAGUCACUUGACAUGUUUCUAAAUUUAAAGAAAAUUUAAUCUUAAAAUAAAAAUAGAAGUAAAUUAAUAUGACUGGCAACCUGAGAUUAGGUUGAAUUUUUUUGUUCCCCAUUGAGGUUAUUGUUUCUUCCUAAUUUAUAUUAGAUAACAUAGUAUAUAGCACAGGAAUUUGCAGAAGCCAUUUUAGUUAUCUUUUGAGGUAAGCUCUGAUUUAGCAUUUAUUGUUCUGAUAAAACCUAAUACAUCAUGGGAUAUAUAUAUAAAGCAACUUAAUUCUUGUGGUGUAGUCUUAAUAGUUUUGAGUGUUGACUGAAUGUCUAUGAGAUUGUGAGUUUGUCUUUGUUACAUUCCAGUGUUUCUGCCUCUUGGCAUGCUUAAAGCACGGCUUACUUCAUCUGCUCCUUACACACUAAAAUGCUGUUAGUGUGCUCAACUACAGAAAUAGCCGCUGCUAAGUGAUGUAGAUUUUCUACUUGAAUAUUUUUGUUGUAGGAACCUCAGGAGGUCAGUGUUUACUGUUUUAUAUAUGCCUUCUUUUUCCUGUUUGAGCUUCUCUCUCUGAAGGAUUCUAACAGAACAAAAGCUGCUGAUCAACCUAAGUUGGAAACAGAAAGUGUGUUUAAUAUAAUUUAAAAUGCAUGUUUGGCAGUUCCAUGUUACCAGUCCAUUAGCAAGUGAAUUUAGUGCCACAGUUAUUCAUUUAUUCAGGAAAUAAUUUUGCUUUUUGUAUUGUCUAAUCUCUUUAAUGACUUCAUACUGUGUAAAAAAAUCACUUUUAUAUUUUUGGUUGAUUAUUUCCAAAAUAAUCAACAUGUAAAUAUCUUUAAGAGCCAGUUCUGAUGCUUUACAUUAUUGCUACUUGAUUUUGUUACGCAAAUUAGAUUGCAGAACAAUAGAUUUUUAAAUACUUAACCAAGCCAUUACAUCUUAAAAACAAAGCAAGUAGCAUACAUUUUGUAAUUAACAUUGAUAAACACUGUGAUUUUUUUGGUUAAGACUUUUUCAUUGAUCUGACUUGUUAAAUUGCAUAUAUUGUAAAAUAGGAUCAGAUGUAUAUUUUAAAAUGAUUUCAACUGACUUUCCUCUUGAAAUGCUUUGUCUACUCAGUUAUAGAAUAUACAGAUACAAGUUUUAUCUCAGGUGAAUACCUUGUAUCAAUUUUGCUUUGGUGGCAUAUGCUUAUAAAGGGUCGUUAUACUUAAUUUAAAUGGUCUUCAUUUUUUGUGUAUUUCAUUGAGAAUCUUCCCAGUUUGUCUGAUUUCUCUUUUUCCCCAGUUAGUUUGCAAACUGGAAUGGUAUAGAACCCUCUUCACAAGCCCUACGCAUUCAGGGUUACUGAAAGUGAGUUAAAUUUGUUCCUCCUCUUCAAAUCCUCAAAAUAGGAAAGUGGAUUUUUUUUUUUUCCCUCUGUAUAAAGUUGUGUUCUGCAUGGCUGAAAUGCCAGGAUUAAGCUAAUUAUGUCUUAAACCCUUCAGUCUAAAUUUAAGACCUUUGCCAUGAGGGAAAGUGUUUUUUGCUUCAUAUAGUUUGUCUAUAUUAUUCAUAUUGAAUGUAUUAACAGAUAAUGGUGCAAAAACAUUCUUUCCAAGAGAAGAGUGUGUCAUGCAAAACUGCGAUUUAAAUCCUUCCUUUGGUAGUACUUCAAAAUACAACUUUGCUUAUCAAAUUAUUUUUGCAAAUAUUACCAGUGGGUAAAACACUUGCUCCUAGGAUUGUUAAUGAAGUGCAGUCAUUGGAAUCUGUAAGAAAACUGAUCUUCGAAUAGUUAAGGACCUGGGAUAAUCUAGGUGAAAAAUCAGAUCAAUAGUGAGCUGUGUUGCUAACAAUAUUAUCUAGUAUUAAUACAUUGCAAUGGCAUUAUAUACCAACCUAAUGCAUUUCGUACUGUAUUAAAUAUGGCAAUGCUUCUAAUGCCCUUUAAAAUUAUAUUUCACUUGAAAGUUAGUUUCAUUCACCAGUACAUUUUCUAGGUGACUUGCGACUAAUAUUUUCAGUCUUAUAUAUAGAUCUUUCCCCCAUUGGCACUACAUAUAUGUAGAUAACUCCUUAUGCCUAAUUAUUAUACAUAUUUUUAAGGUAUACAUUUAAAUUACAGCAACUAUGUAUUGUGGUUUGUAUCCCAGAAUGUAUUGUGUUUAAAUAAAAAGAUGCAUAACAGCUGAAUGUAUGCAUGGUUUUGAGGGAAGUUAAAAUGGUGAAUUUUUUUUCACCUCUUGUGCAUUUUAAAACCAAGCCAAAUCUAUUUGCCAAGUAUUGUAUCACUAAUUAGAAAACCAGUAGUUUUUCUUUUAUUAUAAUUUUUGUUUACCAUAGAAUCCCUUCAUGCUGUUGUGGCUUGGUAUUAUACAGAAUUAGCUUUUUACAGGUCUAAUUAUCUUUCGAAAAGCAUACUAUAUACACGGUUAGCCUCUAAGGCAGCGUUGGUCCCCUUCUAAUGUCAGCUUUAUAAAGGGGUUCCACUGUAUACUUUUCUCAUUACUUUGUUGUUUUCCUCUGGAUAUAUAACCAAAUUGAGCUUGGUUGAUUUUUAUGGAAAUAAUUAGACAAUACCAUGUAAUUAAUUUUACUCAAUAGAUUAUCAUCUUGUGAGAAGAGAUGUUUAAAUGUGGUAAAUGACUUCACUUCAUACUAUAAAACAGUUUUACAAUUAAUAGACAUGUUAACAUUGGGUGCAAUAAUUUAGUAGUGUUAGCUUUAGUUAAAUAACUGAUCUUUCUGCUGACAACUUAGGUUGUAUGAGUUACGCUUAAAAGCUUUAAAUCUGAUGUUUCCUGUACCUACCACACUAUAUGUUAGAAUGUGUCCUUCAAACAUAUCCUCCUGCAACUUCUCAAACUGUACUAAAUUGAUAUUUCUUGAAGUCUAUCUAACUCUGUGCUAACAGAUCUUCAUUUUAAAUAGAAUACGGUUUUAAUUUUUGAUAAGCUGCUGAAUUUUAAUGAGAGUUUUUUGGGGCCACCAAAUAUUUUGGAUCAUGCAGAGAAUAUAUAUUGUACUGUAGUAAUUUUGUAUUUACAUUUGUAUGAUGUGACAUAAUAGAUGUGAAUGUUAAUCACUGCUUGACUAUGUUAAUAAAGUUGUUUAACUAUA